AUGCUCUCCAGUCUCCAACUCUAUCAAAACCUCUUCCAGCUCUUCAUCUCAAAGAAAACCCACGACAAAUACUAUGGCUACAACAUAGAUAUCAAGCACAUCUUCAUAAUGGCAAAUAACAAUUUUGCUACUUCCACAAACUGUUUAAAGAUUAAUACCGACUCUUCAAACUUUUUAAUUCUCUUCAACCUAAACAACUCAACAAACUUGAUUGUAGUCCACAACUAUGCUGAUUUGUUUAUCUUCAAUUUCUCAGAUUUGAACCCCAAGUCUUUAUUCAUCAACAUCAAAAAAUUGGGCAUCCUAGACAAAGUCAAGUCUCUCCAAAAACACGCAAAAAAUAACUACAACCUCUCAAGAAUAUUGCAAAUCAAAUUCAUCAACUUCAAUGUCAACACCACCCAAUUAGACAACCCUACCAACAAAAACCACUUCAACGACUUUCUAAAUCCCCCAAUAGAUUUAUCAAAUCUACCCAAGUUGCCUGAUUUGCCUGAAUUGCCUGAAUUAUCACAACUAACUGGUCUAUCCCAAUUGACUGACUUGAAUAAACUAAACAAGUUCAAUUUCACAAAAUUCGAUUCAAAUUUUGAUUCAGAUCUUCAUCUAGACUCAGAUUCAGAUAUCGACAUGGAUUCAUCUUCUGAUUCAUCUUCUGAUUCAUCUUCUGAUCUAGAUUUAGAUAUAAAUAUUAAUAAUCGUAAUGCUAAUGAUAAUGAUAAUGAUAAUGAUAAUGAUAAUGUUAAUGUUAAUGUUAAUGUUAAUGUUAAUGAUAAUGAUAAUGCUAAUGACAAUGAUAAUGAUAAUGAUAAUGAUAAUAAUGAUAAUAAUGAUAAUAAUGAUAAUAAUGAUAAUAAUGAUAAUAAUGAUAAUGAUAAUGAUAAUUAUAAUGAUAGUGAUAAUCCUAAUAAUGACAAUCCUAAUAAUAAUAAUUUUAAUAAUAAUGAUUUAGACUUAGAACCAAUAUCAAUAUCAAAUAUAAACAAUAUAAACAAUAUAAACAAUAUAAACAAUAUAAACAAUAUAAACAAUAUAGACGAUAUAAACAAUAUAAAAAACUUGAAUAAACAAGAAAACUUGAAUCAAAACAUCGCUCCCCUAAAACAAAAGACUCCCAUCGAUAAUGAUGAUGAAACUGAUAUCCAGUUUUCUAAUGAUGACUAUGAUUAUGAUUAUGACUUCGACUUUGACAUUGAUCAUAAUCACCAUAAUCAUAACCAUAAUAAUGAUAUUCAUAAAAAUAAUCAUAACGAUAACAAUAAUGAGAAUAAUAAUAAUAAUAAUGCCAGUGCUAACACUAACUCUAACGCCGGCGCUAAUUCUAAAAUUAUCACUAACACCAACGCCAACACUAACUCUUAUGUUAAUGAUAAUGACGAAGAAAACAAAAUAACUAAAAACAAAUUCAAACAAAAGCUCACUAAUCUUCAAAACAAUGAUCAAAAUGAAAUUCAAUCCAAAGACCAAAACAACAUUCAAAAUAAAGACCAAAAUCAAACUCAAUCAAAAAUUAACUCCCAAAAAGAAAAAAACCCUCUUCCAUCCCACAUCAUCUUAAAGAAACUACAAAUCUUUAACCACCUCAACAAAUUCAACUUCUUUAUCAAAUUCCUCUACUACUUCAUCAUCGAUGAAAACCCCUACAUCAACAUCUGCUUCAACUCUGACAUCAAUGACAUUAUUUCAAAAGUCAACCAAUUCACCCUAGAUGAUUUGUUAAUCUUUGACAAUAAAAUUAAUCAAAAUAUAAUCACAAAAUCUCACAAUAAUCAUCACAAAAUAAUCCAAAAUACCCAAAAUAAUACAAAAAAUAACAUUACCAAUAAUCAGAAAAUAAAUCCUCAAUUUAUCACUUCAAAAAAGACAAAGUUCAAUAAACUUAAAAAACUAAAUAAUAAGCCUAAAAGGACAAAAACAAUUAAUGAUACUAAUAACAUCAACAAAAUUUCAAAACCAAAUAAAUCAAAAUCAAAUAAACCUACAGACUCUAACAAACUCAACAAAACAACUAAAAAUAUUCACAAAAACAAUAUCAGCAUGACAAGAAAUAUAGUUCAACCUCCAAUUAACUUUAAAAAAUCAAUUAAUCUAUUUAAAAGUUCUCAAGAUAAAAAUCAAAUUCAAGAUAAAACCUCAGAUAAAAAUGACUUAAACAUCAACCUUAUUAACCAAAUUAAUAAAUCUCACACUGAAUCUGAAGUUCAAUUUCAAGCAAAUAACCAGUGCCCAGUAAAUUUAAGCUUUAAUGAAAAUCCCAUUUCAAUUAACUCAACUCAAGAAGAUAACUUGAAUGAUUUAGUGUUAUCCCAGGGUGACUUGGCAACCCCAAUCGCUCAUCAAAACAACUAUAAAAUAGACCAUUUCGAUCAACCAAAAUUAACUUCAAAAGACCAAUCCUUACCUGGUCCUCGUAUGAAAAAUUUUCUUUCAACAUCCACUGGAAAUACUAGAAAUCAAAAACGUCAAAACCAAAUUCGACAACAACCUCAGCCGCAACUCCAGUCUCAAUCUCAACAAAAUCAAUCUCAACCCCAACCCCAAAUUCAACCUCAACAACAAAGUCAAUUUUCACCUCAACCUCAAUCCCAGUCUCAACAAUACCAAAUUUCAAAUUUAAACCAGUUUUCAAAUUUAAGUCAAUUUUCAAAUUUGAACCAAUUCUCAAAUGCAACGCAAUUUCAAAAUCCAAAUCAAUUUUCAAAUAAUACCCAGGUUCAAGAGCAUGACUACCACUACAAUUAUCCUUACAAUCCUCAUAAUUCCAAUAAUCAUCCACAGUAUCAAGCCCAAUAUUCUGGAACCUCAAAUAAUUCCUAUCUUCAUUCUAAUCAAAAUUACAACAUACCUCAAUUUCAUCAAGGACAAAUCGAAUUAGCAAACAAUCAAUACAAUAACAAUUUUAAUAAUUUCAAUAACAACACUAUCAAUAAUAAUGCCCCUAACCAUAAAAACAUUCCUGAAAGUACCGUAUAUAAUCAAAACGUUAAUGUUGAUAAUACCGAUACUGAAAAACUUAGUGUUGUCAAUAAAAAUACUAUUAAUCCUAACAUUAUUAAUAACAGCGAUGACAAUGCCAAUAAUAGAGAAAUUCUUGACAAUACUGUUCUCAAUAAUAAAAUACACCAUGAAAAUAUUAAUGAUAAGAAUACCAAGAGCCAAAAUAAUAUUGGUAAAAACACAAAUAGUAAGAAUGAUAUUAAUAAUGUUACAAUCAAUGGAAACGCAAAUAAUAAUUUAGAAACAAGCAGUAAUGAGUGUAAAAACGAAGUUAAAAACAAUAGUCUAUCUAGACUUUUAAAUCCUUCUCCUUCAGUGGAAAGUUUCACUAUCCCUUCCAAAGAGAUUUCCGAUAAAAUUUCUGAUAAAAGUUUGAGCAAGAUUAGUAUCCAAAAUAUCACAAAUGAAAUCAAUUCUGAAUCAGCUGAAAAAUCAAAAAAAAGUGACAUUCAUGAGCUUUUAAAUAUCAAUUUACAAAGCACAAAUUUGUCUACGCUUUCCGAAAAAUCAAAAUUGUUUAAAAAAGGAACAAUACCUAAAGACGACAUUAAAUUUGAUGACAUUAAUCAUAUACAGUCAGUGGAUUUUGAAAAGGCGAUUAAAAUCAAAAUUCAUCCUGAUGAUGAUUUUAAUAAAGUUUUGAAUGACACCGAACUUUAUAAUUGCAAAAAUAAAAGCUGUAUUGUCUAUUUAACCUUUGAAAAAAACAUUCAAAUUUUUAAUAAAAAACUCCAAAUUCAUGAUAGUUUUGAUACUUGCGAAGUUUCUAGAAUUAUUCCAAGCGAAACCCAAUUUAAUGAAAUAGAAAAGCAGUUUAGUUUUUCAAAUGAUGUCAAUUCAGUUACUGAAGGCAGAAUGAGAACAAGAAGAAGAGAUAAAGAAAGGGAAAAGGAAAAGGAAAAAGAAAGAGAAAGAGAAACUCAAUUAUUGGAAAAGAGUGUUUUUUCUUCUGAAUUCAAAGAUUCACAUUCGUUUUAUACUCUAUCCAUCAUUAAUUUAUUUGUUGAAAAUAUCAAUACUAAUUUUCUACUUAAUUAUCUGAAAUUAUUUCCCAGCAAUGAAUUUAAUAAAUUGAAGAGAGAAAGCUUUAUGUAUACUGAGAAUGAUGUUAACUCUAUUUUGAAACCUUUAAAAUUGAACAAAAAGCUAACAAAUUUUUUGAUUGAUGUGUUUGUUAAACAAAAUAAUCCUUUGAAUAUUUCUAAAGUUCAUCUUGUUACUUUAAUCAAAUUUUAUACCAGUUUUCUAUUAAACAAUAAAGCAAAUAGCGGUGAGAAUUUGGAAGAAAAAUAUGACUUAAUUCUAAAAGUUUUAAAGGAUAAUAGAAAUGGGGUGCAUCCUUUGUUGAAGCUAGACUCACAUCAAUUUGAAAGCUUUGAUGCGCAAUAUCAACAAAAAAUCAUGAAAGCCAGCGAUGAAUUAUUAAAUAACCAUGUCAAUUCUAAGAUAAUUUCAUCCAACUAUCCAUCCAAUUUUAAUUUUACUUUGAAUUCAAGUUCUCUUCUAAACUCAAAGGCUUUAGCUGGUUUGAGAGGUGGCAAUGUGGAUAUACACAACUUCAACGAACGUGAUGCGCCUUUACUGAAACGAUUGAGAAGUAGACUGUCUACUGUUGAUCCUUCUGCUCACCAUAUGCAUAUCAAUCACAUUAAAAACAAGAGUGGUAUAGUAAACAUAAAUAUCACUCAUACAACUAACAAUAACAAUAACAAUAACAAUAGCAGCAACAUCGGCAACAAGAAUAAUAGCAUUACAACCACUAGUACUAACAUUACUAAAAGUGCUUAUAAUAACAGCAACAACGAUUUGAAAGGGACUGGAAAAUCUCGAUUUAGCUCUAGAAAAUCAUCAAGAGAACCCCCUGCAUCUAUUUCAACACUCAAAAGACGUUCGAAACUUAGCAGUGUUUUAUCGUCAAAAGAAUCUAGUCCUAUCGAUGAUUCUUCGUUCCACACAAAAAAGACGAGUAUUGAUGUUUGCAGUAAUGCUGAAACUCGUACAACCAUAGAAGAGAUUUUGGACGAAAAAUCAGAUGUUGGGUGUCUGAAUUUCAACAAAAGCUUGAAAUCGGCCGAAAAGGCCAAAAUCACAGAUAUUUCAGAGCUCAAAGAAAAAGAAAUCAGCGAUCCCUCUGGAUCUGGCAGUUAUAUCGAAAGCUUCAACGGUAUCCACUCCAUCAACCACAUUAAUGUCAAUAACGGAAGCCUCCAUUUGAAAAUCAACGAGGCAGACUCCAAAAGCGAUUCCAAGGAUGUCAUAGUCACCAGCGAUAUUAUUUUGGAACUUAUCAGCGAAAUCAAAACACACAAUCGUCUCUUGGGGCAUAUUUUGUUGCACCGGUCCCAGUUUGCUAUUUGCGACGAUACUGAGAGUGAACCUGUGGAGGACGAGCUGAAGUAUGAAGGCGAUCUCUACGUUGAAAAGAUGAAGUUGAAGAUUCGAAAGUUGAGAAGCGAAAAGUCUUUUUACAAGGACCAAGCAGCCAUUUACAAAGAAGAGGUCUCGAUUUUGAAAUCAAUGAUGGACAACCAAAGCAAAACUUCCACUUCUGGAUAA